AUGCUCAGCCCACCUCGUCCCCCACCCGUCCAAGAGCAUCAUGGCGACCGCACCGCAAACACCCUCGUCAGCCAGCACGGCGACCGCCACCCGCUCGGCGACCCAGACGACCGCCGCGACGACAGGGACAGGGACAGGGACGGGGACGACGACGACGACGACGACGACGGCCAGGCCACCAUAGCACCCACCACCACCACCUCAAGCCAAAACCAUGCCACGCAUCGCCCGCUCCCCCUCGCCCGCUGCGUCACCUACCUCAAGGCCAUCGCUCCCCCCGUCCUCACCGCCCUCGCUCUCGGCCCCUUUGUCCUCGUACCCGCCAUCGCUCGCCGCAUCGGCCCCUACGCCUUCCUCGCCUACGUCUUCUACAUCCUCUUCUUCUUCCCCGCACCCGCCACCGUCGGCAGGUUCUUUGAGACGGCCCUCCUCAGCCUCGUCGCCGCCGCCAUCUCGCUCGCCAUCUCCCUCCUCGCCGUCAGCGGCGCAGUCUGGAUCGACGGCGCCGGUCAGCCCUACUACUCCUCGGUCCAGUCCCGCGCCCUAGGCGUGUGCACCCUCGUCCUCCUCGCCUUCCUCUCGGCCACCCUCAGCAGCGCCGUGCCCCGCCUCAAGGCCCCCUCGCGCUGCGCCCUCUUUGCCGCCGUCUGGGCAAUCACCUCGGGCUACACCCACAUCACCGCGGCCAUCUUCACCGACCUCUUCUACCCCAUCCUACUCGCCGCCGUCCUCGGCCUCCUCGGCAACCUCCUCAUCUUUCCUCGCACCGCCCGCGCAACCUACCUCCGCCUCGUCACGGAAACCCUCGACGUCGUAUGCGACGUACUCGAGCGCGCCGUCGACGACUUCUUCCGAGCCCCGCCGCCGGACUUCGAUACCCACUUCCGCCCCCCGCACCACGACCGCCCGGGAGUCGCAUCGGCACGGCUGCAGGCCCUACGCAGCAAGCUCAUCGGCCUCGGUGGCCGCCUCGAGCCCACCUUCCAGGCGGCAGAGAACGAAUGGAGCAUCGGCCGCGUCCCCACGGCCAAGUUCAAGGCAUACAUCCACCUCCUCCGCUCCACGCGCUCCUGGAUCGCCUGCGGCAUGGGUCUCAAGGGCGCCCACGAGGCCUUUGAUGGUGUAGAGACGCCCGGCUAUGGCGAAAGAGACGCGCACGAGCUCGCCCAAGGCACGGUCCGAGGCAGGCCCGACACUCGCUCCGCCGACGCCAGCCGCACACGGCGUUCCUCAACCGAAAGCCUCAGCUGCAGCGUCGAGUUCCGCCAGUUUGAGCCGGCCGUGCGAGGACUCUGCCGCGAGAUUGUCGCCUCCCUCCGCAUGGUCAAGCUCAGCAUCGAGAUGAGCACCGGCCGGCUCAGCCCGGCCAAGCUUGCCACGGUCGCCCUGCAGCGCAACGGCGAAACACACGAAAAGCCCAUCCGUCACCACCACUCGGAUUCACACCACGUCCCCGCGGCCAUCCUAGCGGCUGCCAUGGUGGCCACAGCACAGACCUCAGACGUGCCCAUGACCCCGGCCGAAGUGCUGUCCAAGCAGAGGCAGCAUCUCCGCCACGCCAUCGCAGCGUUCAAGGGCUCCCUCAGAGAGGCCCUGAGAAGCGUAAGAAGGACUAGCAGCGGCACGAGGUCAGCCAGCUCCGACAGGCACCGGCAGUCACGGGCGCGCGCGGCCGCACGGGAAAGCUACUUCGAAGGCGCAGCGCUGCCGCAUCAGCCCGACGUGCAAUGGGCACAGCGAGGGUCGACGACUGCCCCAGACGACGGGGCCACUCGCGGCGGCCCGCGUCCGACCGAGGAAGAGAACGAGGACGGCGAAGGCCAGGCCCCGGGCGGUGACUUUGCAUCCCUCUUUCGGAGCGAACUUUAUGCGGUCUCGUUCCUCAUGGUCUCUCUGCUCGAGGUCGCGCUGCUGGCCGAAGCCUCCCUCCGCGUCGGACAGAGCAUCCUGCGAUCCUGGCGGAGUCACCCGCGCAGGCGCGUCUGGCUGCCCGACGUGACCUGGAAGACGUGGCUCAAGCACAGCGGCGACGUGCGCUCGGCCGAGACGUACAGCGAAUCGCCCGACCUGCUCGACGACGACGAUCACUACGAUGCAGAGGGCACCGACGGCGACCUGCGCGCCAUGGCGGGCUCGGCCUACUUUGAUCGCGACAGCGACAGCGAGAUCUGCAAGAACCUCGCCUCUGGCGGCGACGAGAAGAACGAGGCCAAGGCCGUCGGCUUCCGUCGACCCUUGCAGGCCAUCCGCAUCCUCGCCCGGCGCCUGACGCGGAGCAUGGCGGUCCUCAAGUUCCGCGUGCGCCUCUCGCGUUCCAUCCGGCGCUUCCGGCACUCGCACCACAUCAAGUUCGGCAUCAAGCUCGCCCUCGGUGUGGCGCUGUUGAGUCUGCCGGCCUGGCUCGCUCGCGGACCCGCUCGAACCUGGUGGUACGAGCGCCGCGGCCAAUGGGCGGUCAUCUCCUAUCUCUACGUCCUCGAGUCGUCGACCGGCGCCAGCUUUCGCGUGUCGCUAUUCCGCAUCAUCGGCACCGUGAGCGGCAGCUUGCUGGGCCUCUGCAUCUCCGAGGUCAGCCACAACAACCGGUACGCCCUCGGGUUCCUGCUCGCGCUGGCCGUCGUCCCGGCCUCGCACUUUAUGCUCUUCACCCGCGCCGAGGGGAUUGGCAUCGUCUUGGGCCUCACGGCGCCGAUCAUCGCGCUGAUCCCGACGCUCGACCUCGAAUCGUCAGGCUCCGAGACGGCCGUCGAGUUGGCGUGGAACCGCGGCUACAUGAUCUUCAUCGGCAUUGUUGCCGCCCUGAUCGUCAACAUUGUCAUCUGGCCGCUGCACGCUCGCGUCGAGCUGGUCCGCCAGAUCAGUCGCUCGACGGUUCUGCUGCAGUCUCUCUACCUCAGCCUGGCCCGCCAGAUGCUGACGGGCGGGUUCGUCGCUUCGGCCGAGUCGACGGCGGCGUUUGAGCGGCUCGAGAACAGCGUCGAGCGCAAGAUUGCAAAGGCGCGCGGGCUGGUCUCGAUGAUGGAGGCCGAGGUCAGCCUGAUCCCCAAGCGGACCGACGUGCUGUCCGAGAUCCUCAACCAGCUUCUGACGAUCGCCGAGCUGCUGCGCGGCCUGCGGAGGUGCCGCGAGCAUGGGCUGCGCUCGAUCCGCCGCGAGGCGGUCGUCAACGUGCUGGAGCUGCGUCAGAAUGUCAUCGCCUCGGUCCUUAUCGUCCUCUGGUCGACGGGCCAGGCGCUGCUCAGCCACGCGCCGCUGCCACAGUUCCUGCCAUCUCCCCGGCUGGCGCUUGCGGAGCUGACUGAGGCGGUCGCAGAGCAGCUGAGCGGCCAACGCUCGGACCCCACCACGCCGAUGGACAUGGGCGAGCGGAUGCCGGACGCCUACCACGCGCUGUCGAGCCUGGCCGAUCGCCUGGCACAGCAGGACCAGUCCCGACGAGGUCGCGGCUACCGGCGAUCGGCGCUGCACUCGUUGCAGACGUCCACACCUACGCCCGUCCGGGGCGGAUCGACGACGCCGACGCACGCGCACACGCCGACGACGCCCUACGACCGGCCGGGCGACCGCCGCAGCAUGCUGCUCGACUACGCCUCGUUCUUCAUCCUGGCCGAGCAUGCGCUGCUGUCGGACAUUGUCGCGGCGCUCGAGUCGCUGAUGGAGCUGACGCGUAAGCUGGUCGGCGAGGCGAGCUUCCUUCAGACCCACUUCGUACCCAAGGGCGAGGGCGGGGACGCGGGUCCGGAUGCGGCCGGGACGCCGAUGGGCCACGGGGCUGCUGCGGGAACGCCGAGGGGCGCGAGCAAGACGGCGACGGAUAGUUUUGACCAUGCGGCGUCGAGCUCGUUGGUCCGAGCGCUCAAGAUGCAGAUGGAGCUGGAUCGGAAAGCGGCCGUGCGCGCCUCAAUCGAUGCCGAGUCGGUCGAGCCACGCGAAAGCGGCGGCGGCAGCAGCAGCAGCGGCAGCAGCGGCAACAACGGCAACAACGGUAACAACGGCGGCAACCGCGCGCGUGCGCAGGACCCUGCAUCGGACCUGGCUUCCCGACGAGGUCUGGCGAGCAGCAUCGGCGCCGGCAACGACAGCGGCAGCGGUGGGCCAAGCCAUGUCCGGAUCGAGGGGGACCCGGCCGCCUUUCGACAGCGGAACCGCACGCCGCUCUCGCCGCUGCGUUUCGGGCAUGCACAUGAGACGAUGCGCGGCCAAGGCCACGGACAGACCGAGGCAUCGAGCAGAGCUUCUCUAGACGAUACGACGACAGAUACUGAGCGGGCGGUACCGGCAACGCCACCGCCACCGCCACCCGCGCUGUAG